AUGGAGGACAUGGCCGUCAAGUACAAGCUUCAUGAUGGCGAUGGAGUAGAACUGCAGGAUUGGGCGAAGACUGAAGGAAGCUUACACCGACUCCUUGCCCGAUGGGUCAUGGACACGCAGCGCAAGACAAACAACACAGAGAGUAGGUGCCCCGUCAUGAAAGAACUCAAGGAGAUGGCCCAGCUUCUGCGUUCACAAGGAUCAGAGACUACAGCCGAUGAGCGUGAGGACUCAGGACCAGAGACUGAGGAAGUUUGCGUGCACAAAUCCAAACCUGCAGUCGAUAAGGAAACAGCAGACUCAGACAAACCAAUUCAGCUUGAACCAGUCGUUUCCUCAGAAGGGAAGAAAAACGAGGCAAAGGAAAACGAGGCAAAGGAAGCAACAGCUGCCACAUGUUCAGGCAUGUCAGAAACUGAGAAAGAGCGGGUGGACCAGCAAGUCGAAGAUUUGCUGAAGCCGUACAUCCUGCCUGAUAGCCCCCCCAUGCCGCAAUGGCUGAUCAACAUCUUGGCGCAAAAGGCAUUGCAGGAUGCCAUUGACAGCUUUGCCAAGUACAAGGAAAAGGAUAAGUCAGCUGGGUCAGCCAGUGGUGAACUUCCAGCAUCACUUGCUUUUCAGGACGAGAAAGCCCUUGCUCCUUUGCCAGAGGUCCCACAAACAGUGGAGGCUCAGGCUAAGGCGGCAGAGGACAAAAUUCGUGCUGAUGAGGUGGCCCAAAGAAAGUUGAAGAAGGCUGGACAGGCAAAUGCAGGUGAAGAAGAUGAACCUCCUACCAGGGGAAGAGGGCGAGGAAAGGGUCGAGGACGAGGACGAGGGAAAAAAGCAGAAGGUGAUGCGAAAGGUUCUGAUGGAAAGGGUGAUGACGACACGGAGGCAGGACAGGGUAAUGAGGAAGGAGGGAACGAGGUAGAAGACAAGGUGGGUGAAGGUUGCAAUGAGGCUCCAGGUGAUGCCAUGGAUGGUCCUUCUGAUGAGGGUUCAGGUGAUGACGAGGAUGAGAAAAACGAAUUCCUACGGGAAUUGGAUGAGGAGUCAGAUAAGUUGAGUCAGGAGGCGGAGUUGGAGGAAGAGGAAUCCAAACCGAAAAAGAAAAGGAAGCUUGUUGCAAAGUGCUGGGACCCCAAGUAUCAGAAAAAGAGCAAAGCGGUGCAGGACCCUGAUCUGCCAAUCCUGGUGGACUCUAAGCCGGUUGUGGUGCCAGAAGCUGAAAAGAUGACGGCCAACCGAAUCAAGCUUGAGGAGCAGCGCGCUGCUCGGCUGUCGGUCCUGCAGAAGGUGGCAGCGCUGGACAGGCGUUUUGUGAUUCCAGCCGAUUGCAAGGGAGUGUCUGGACCUCAAACCAACACGAUUCAAAAGUUGAAGCUUGAUGUCAAUUGUUAA